ACCACCGUGACUGUUUCAACAUACAAUAAUACUUGUCCUGCAGCUUGACUAAAAUGAUUUGGAUACUAAUGGAGUUCAGCAUUUAAUAUUGUAGGUGGAUGUUUAUUUUUUUCACUAAUAGUCACUUUAUUGGUUCUGACGUGGAAAGCUACAUGGAAAGUUGCAUCCUAAUAAGAAUGAUGGAGAGUAAAUUACCUGAAGAGCUUUAGAUAACUUUUGACUUUUUAUUUUUUUAAUAUAUGCCUUUUAAUAUCUUUAAUUAAAGCCAAUAUUUCACAAACUUUCUUACAAGUAUAUGUCAUGCACGACUUUAAUGGAUUCGCGUCAACGGCGCGCGGAGACACCUCAGCGCGGAUUGUCUCGAGACAGCGCGCGCGUAACGGAUUUCAGUCACACCGUGAACCGAGCGCAACCACUCAGAGGAUUUACCUUCCUUUUAUAUUACUGCUGCUCGUGUUUACUCCCAGUGUGGGAUCCUCUUGGUGGUAUAUUGGUGCAUUAGGUGCACGGGUCAUAUGUGACAACAUUCCAGGACUGGUAAACAAGCAGAGGCAGCUGUGCCAAAGACACCCAGACCUCAUGCAGUCCAUCGGAGAGGGAGCCAAGGAGUGGAUUCGGGAAUGCCAGCAUCAGUUCCGACACCAUCGCUGGAACUGCAGCACACUGGAGCGAGACCACACUGUGUUUGGUCGCGUCAUGCUGCGCAGUAGCCGUGAAGCAGCAUUCGUUUAUGCAAUCUCCUCUGCGGGUGUCGUGCAUGCCAUUACCAGAGCGUGCAGUCAAGGUGAACUUAAGAUCUGUAGCUGUGAUACCCACAGGAGAGGCAGAGCAAGUGAUGAAGAAGGUGACUUUGACUGGGGUGGCUGUAGUGAAAACAUUAACUAUGGUAUCAAGUUUGCCAAAGCUUUUGUGGAUGCCAGAGAGAGAAUGGUCAAAGAUGCCCGAGCACUGAUGAACCUGCACAACAAUCGCUGUGGCAGAAUGGCAGUAAAGCGUUUUAUGAAGACUGAAUGUAAGUGUCAUGGAAUCAGUGGGUCAUGUGCUCUCAGAACAUGCUGGAUGGCUAUGUCUGAUUUCCGGCAGACAGGAGACUACUUGAGAAAGAAGUACAAUACCGCUGUGGAGGUCACAAUGAAUCAGGAUGGAACAGGCUUUAUGGUUGCUGACCGGGAUUACAAGAGAACGGCCAAAAAUGAUUUAGUAUACGUUGAGAACUCUCCAGAUUAUUGCCUAAUGGACCGAUCAGCAGGUUCUCUGGGUACAGAAGGAAGGGUGUGCAACAGGUCAUCCAGAGGCACGGACGGCUGUGAGGUCAUGUGCUGUGGCCGUGGGUAUGACACUACCCGUGAAAAACGGGUCACCAAAUGCGAGUGCAAGUUUAAAUGGUGCUGUGCGGUCGAGUGCAGAGACUGUGAAGAAAUGGUGGAUGUCCACACCUGUAAACCACAUAAGAAACCAGACUGGCUUGAUUUAACUUGACUGACAUGACCAUGAUCAAACACCAGAUACUGGUGCUUUUCUGUUCUCAGGUAUUUAAGUGGUCCACUGCAUUGUGGGAUGGGUAGUUUAUGACUAUAAGAUCCUGCUCUCCACUUGCAGAACCUUGAACUUUAUUUGCCUUCAACGAUGUAGGCAGAGCAAUGAAGCAAUUCUCAUAGGCCAGUCUGGAGCACUGGAAGUCGGUGGAUAAUAACGCUGUGGGCACUGUUUGGUGUUUUUGCAGAAUUAGCUGUGAUUGGGACACCAUCCUUUCACUAUUUUCAAACUCUACACUGCAACAAAAGUCAUUUUGUUAAUCAGUAUUUUUGUGCUUUCUGUAAAAAUAUCUACACAUUUUUAAACUAAGAUAAAUUUACUUGAGAAGUAAAAUAACAUAAGAUAUUAAGUUAUUAAAAUACGUUUUGGACAACUUUGAAUACAUGGAACGUUUUGGAAUACACUGAUGCAACUUUAGGGAAAGGACUAUAUGUCAUACACCAUCAGUUCUAUGGAGAACAAAUCCUGCUAAAAUAAUAAAUAAAUAAACAUACAAAAACAUAAAUAAAUAAAUACACACUUGUGCAUAAAUAAAUAUAUCAAUAAUUAAAUGUGUAUGGAGCUAUAUGUGCAAAAAAUAUGGAGAGAAAUGUCCAAUAAAUAUUAAAUAAAUAAAUAAAUGCACCCAUCAAUGCAAAAAACAAUAACAUAAAUUCUGCCUACUGACGAUUGAUUGACAUCCUCUCAUUAGCAUGUUGCAUGAAGAAAAAAUAAAUACAGGACUACAUGCAGAAAUAAAUGAAUCAAUAAAGAAAAACAGAAAUGUAGAAUUUAAAAUCAACUUUAAAUUUUGCAUUUCCCCAGUCAUUUAUUUGUUUUAUAUUAUUUUUGCAUAGAUCGGUGAAUUUAUUUAUUCGCACAUUUUAUAAUCUAUUUAUUUAUUUAUUUAUGCAUGAAUAUGUAGAUUUAUAUAUUUGUGUAUUUAUUUUUUAUUUUUGCAGGUUUUGCCUUCAAUACAUUUCUAGCUUCCCAAAGAACAUAGCAAUAAAUUGUAUUUAAUGCCAAGACCAAUUCCAUUAAAUGGUCCAAAAUUACCCUUGAAGGGCGUUGUACAAAUAUAGUUAAACACAAAUAACAGUGUUUCCCUUCAUUUACUUCAUGGACCAUAAUUUUGAUCCAUGAUUUGUGCACAAAGAGUUAGAUCAAAGAUCAACUUAUUAUUACAUCCUGUUGUCAUUGUAUUAGAUAUAUAUAUCUCUUGUUAUCUUUUUAAUACCCAAGCACUUACACAACCCUUCAAAUAUGAGCACUUUUAUUUGGUUUGGUAGAGUUUGGUUCGAACAACUCAUCUAUGAUUAAGUCAAUGUUUUUCAUGAUGGUAUUCUUAUUGAAAUGUGAUGUUUAUUAAAAUAAAGAGUCCAAACCAUUUCAGAAAUUUCCCAGUGUUAAAGUCACUCAUGGCCCAUGGACCGUUCACAAAAAUGGCAAGAACCUUUCAAAACCGCAAAGUACAAUCUGAUGGAUUUUAUACAAUUUCUGGGAGUCGAGGGUUAACAUGUUUUUAUCAUUUACCUUGUGUAUGCAAGGUACCAGACUACUACAACGAGUGCUAUUGAGGAAGAUCUUCUAAAGGAAAAUGUCUCGAAAGAUGAAUGGCCCUCUCUAAAUAUAUUAUUAUUCUUAUCUAUGUCCUCAUGUAAAACAUACUAAAUGUCAAAUCAUUGCUAAAAGGUAUGUCACAGAGACUGAGCAUUAUAAAUAGUCAGGUUAACAUGGCUUGCA